CGUUCGAUAACUCGAUACACAAUGGUAAGUAUGUUUAUCACCCCUAUGGAGCAAUGGGUGGGCAAAAAGGCGUUGUACUCAAAAUAGAACUCCUUGCCAUUUGUACAGAGAGAAAGAGAGACACAGAGAGAGAGGAAAAUCACGGUUACCUAUUUUCUCCAAACUUCUAGGUGUAAGCUGUUAAGUAAUUCCUCCAGGGGUGGUGUGUCUGUCUGGAAUAGGACCUUUUCGAAUUUGUGUAUAAACAAAGAUUCAUCGGUUGUUUCUUAACUCACCCGGUAUACAAAAUACACCCCAAAACGAGCUGUGCACAGUGCUCCCACACAUCGUUUAGCUGCUAAAUGGGGCGGGAUGCGUUAAAGAUGUAGUGAAGCAGCCGGUCACGAUCUCUCAAGCCAAAGCACACACAAGCUAUACAGGUGGCAUCCGAUUUUAGUGUUGAUCGAAACAUGGUACACUCGAGUCGUUGGUCUUUUACGGCGUUUCAAUAAACAUUUGUGCGAACUCCCUUUGCUGGUGUGAUGAAUUUCGGCCGUCGAUUAUACACCAACGUGAUGUGCGUCGUUUUAAUAACGCUGACACUGAUCUGUAUUGCUGGAGUUGACGCGGAAACAAUCAACUGUCCAUUAUCCGAACGGAUCGAUCUGUCGGAAGGUGUCCGCGAUAUGGAAGGUUCAGUUCGUUUUGCGGGAAAUAUUUAUCCACCGGAAUCUUAUACAACAUCGGGCGAAAAUCGUCGCUACAGCUGUGUUUGCACGCAGCGUAAGUGUGUGUACGUGUGCUGCUUUCACAUUGACCGAUCGAAAUGUGAGGAGUCGUCACUGCCGCUUAAUCGAACCGCUUCGAAUCGACUCAGCACGGAGGAUAAUAUGCUUGAGGAGGUUGAUCUGCGGGAAAGCAACGAGUUCUGGUUAAUCUAUGAGACGCCACCGGCCUGGAACUAUAUGCCCGGAUAUUCGCUGCAGAUCUCCGGUCACGAAGGUGAACUGAUCAAUGAUGGUAGCUUUGCGUACGGUACGAAGGUGUAUGCGAGCAGAACGUAUUGCAUAAAUCCUGCCGAAGAUUCAAUGCCGCACGUGUGGAUAAAGGAAACGGACGAACAUUUAGAGGUGCACCGUUGGCAUUCGUUGGGUAUGAUCAUUUCUAUACCAUUCCUCGUUGCAACAUUGAUCGUGUACGCUCUCAUACCGGACCUACGGAACAUCCCUGGCAAAUCGUUGAUGUGCUACGUGUUCGCUUUGACGAUCAGCUAUUUGGUGUUAAUUCUGAUCAAACGCAGCAUGUUCGACAGUACACCCGAUUGGUGUACGGCAAUCGGGUAUGCGUACUACUUCUCCGUAAUGUCAAGCUUCUUCUGGCUGAAUGUGAUGGCAUUCGAUAUCUACUGGACGUUUGGAGGACGUCGCAGGCGAACGACCGAUCAGAGCAAAUUUUUACUGUACUGCUGCUAUGGAUUUGGAUGUCCGCUCGUUUUCUUGACAAUCGCUUUAGUGGCCGAUCAUACCGAGUUGAUGUAUACGAGCUUGCGGCCCGGGUUUGGGGAUGGACAGUGUUUGUUUAAGGGAGAACAAUUUGUGUCCUUUCUUUAUCUGUACCUUCCAUUGGUGCUCUUGGUGAGUGCGAACUUGUUCUUUUUCAUCAGUACUGCUGUUAAGAUUAACAGCAUUGAACGCUGCACGGCAGCAGCACUUCAGGGCGAAUCGGGACGACACAGCAAGUACACGAACGAACGAAAUAGAUACGGCCUAUACGUCCGAUUGUUUGUGGUAAUGGGUGUAACCUGGACGUUCGAGUUUAUAACCUGGAUUGCGGACUCGCAACACUGGUUGGUACACGUGACCGACGUAUGUAACUGCAUCACCGGAGUGUUUAUAUUUUUCCUGUUUGUGUGGAAGCGUAAAGUGUGGAAGCUGCUGCAACAGAGGUUAAGUAGCGCGAGGCAUGCACGAGAAGCAAUCGCAAGCUUAAUGAGUGUUGUUUUUCCUUCUUGCAGGCUUAACGGUAAGCGAGCUCAAAACCACAACCAAUCGCCGUUCUCUGUGAGUGGUACCAGAACGACAAGUUUGGCACCGAACCGGAGACUAUCGGCUGUUACCUCAAGUUUCUAGUGUUCAUUGUAUGUAGUAGGAUGAUUAUAAUAGCCAUUUUAUGCAGCCAUGACAAUGUUAGCAGCAUUAUAUACGUAACGUUUAGGUUAAUUGUUAAUUCGAAUGUUUUUUUUAUGCUUGGAGUUUAUAGAAGAUGGAGAGGGAUUAUAUUUUUAUGACAACAGCAACUGUCAUUAGCAAUUAUUUAAUUUUAUUUCACUGCUAACUGCAUACUAAUUAGUAAGCCAAAGUAGAGGCCAUUCGAAUAAGAAUAACGAACAAUAAUAAAUUGCACCCAACAGUAUUCCAUUUUGAAAUAGUAUUUUUGAUAAAGCAGGUACAUGUAAUGAGGCAAAAUAGAACAAUAAAUCGAAGGCUAGAUAGAUUUUUUUUCAAAUAAACGCAACAGUAUUAUGGAAA